AUGGCAACUUACAGCAGUCAUACUUUGCCAAGUCGUGGAGGAGGAGGAGGGGGUCGCUUUUACCGUGGAAGUGCUGGCCUCAUGGAGAAGAUUCAUGAAAUGCUAACAGAGAGAGAAUGCAGCAUUUUCAAUGAAGGCCUGGCAGCUUAUCACAAAAGAAGAGAUGUGAGUAGAUUUGUGGAAUCCCUGAGCCUGGUACUGAAUACAAACGGGAAGAGACAGCUACUAGUGCCAAUAAGGAACCAGUUCAUAAAACCAACCCUACCACUCAAAGGAAACACGGCUAAGAGUGGGAAGAAAAUGUUCAAUAAAACCCAGACAGGCCCAAAAGUCCUUGAGAUAAAGAGAGAUGAGAAAGGAGAAUGGGGUUUUAGUAUAAGAGGUGGGAUUGACCACGGGAUGAAAGCUGGUUUGAAAGUUGGAGACUACAUUCACAGAGUCAAUGAGGUUGGACUGGAAGGACUUACUUUUGCACAAGCCACUCAAAUUUUUAGAAAUCAUAGCAAGAUAAGAAUGGUGAUAAUGUCAUAUGAAAGGAUCCCUGGGUUCCAGUUUGCUAAUAAAUACAUCCGUUGGGUCGAUCGUGAGGGGAAACCAGUUCUACCACCGACUGAGAUUGAGUCCCUUGGGAUGACAAGUGGAGGUCAUGUUGAUCCUAAUCAGUACACAUCAUAUGGAAGGAUCACUGGGUUACAGUUUGCUGAUUUGAAUGAUCAGCUCAAGCUGAGCAAAGGCCAGCAAUUGCAGUUAGCUACUAACAAACAGGGUAUGGCUCGUUAG